AUGGAUGAUGACGGGCGGUUGAGGAAUGUAUUCUGGGCGGAUACACGAAGUAGGGCAUCCUACAAAUAUUUUGGUGAUGUCGUCACAUUCGACACGACAUACAUGACAAACAGAUAUGGGAUGCCAUUUGCACCGUUUGUUGGUGUAAACCAUCAUGGCCAGUCAAUUUUGUUGGGGGCAACAUUAAUUUCUAGCGAGGAUACAGAAACGUUUACAUGGUUGUUUCAUACUUGGUUGAACUGUAUGGAUGGUGAAGCUCCCAAGGCUAUUAUCACAGAUCAAGAUAGAGUCAUGAAAAAUGCAAUAAGUCUCGUAUUUCCAAAUACCCAGCACAGAUUUUGCUUAUGGCACAUAUUAAAAAAAUUGCCCGAGAAGCUAGGUUCACAUGGUGCAUACAAAACCGGGUUGAAAAGUCAGUUGCUAAAUUGUGUAUAUGACUCUCACACAAUAGAGGAGUUUGAGGGAUCUUGGGAGGAGUUAAUUACGAAGUACAACUUGCAGAAUAAUGCAUGGUUGAAGAGUUUAUACGAUGAACGUACGUAUUGGGCACCGAUGUUCAUGAAAGACGUUUUCUGGGUUGGAAUGAGUACAACUCAACGAAGCGAGAUUAUGAAUGCUUUUUUCGAUGGGUAUGUUCAUGCAAGGACAAACUUAAAAAAGUUUGUCGAUCAGUUCGAUAAUGCCUGCAGGAAGAAGAUUGAGAAUGAAAGUGCUGCAGAUGUCCACUCAUUCAAUGUCACAAUUCCCGUUGUAUCUCCCUCGCCACUUGAGAAGAUUUUCUAA